CUCAUCCGCUCUAAACAACCUCAUCAAAACUUCUUUCUGGUCAGAGCGAAGCAAUAAUUAUUAUUAGCAAUUAUUAGCAAUCAAUAAUCUUGAUCACAUUAUGGCAAGCACUAUUAAGGAAGCGUUAUCAGUGGUGAGCGAAGACCAGUCCUUGUUUGAGUGCGCCUACGGAUCACCCCACCUUGCAAAGACAGAGAUGACGGCCUCCUCCUCCAGUGAAUAUGGGCAGACAUCAAAGAUGAGUCCACGCGUUCCCCAGCAAGACUGGUUAUCGCAGCCCCCGGCCAGAGUCACCAUCAAGAUGGAGUGUAACCCAAACCAGGUUAACGGGUCAAGGAAUUCUCCUGAUGACUGCAGCGUGGCAAAAGGAGGGAAAAUGGUUAGCGGCUCAGACAAUGUUGGGAUGAACUAUGGAAACUACAUGGAAGAGAAGCAUGUUCCACCCCCAAAUAUGACUACCAAUGAACGAAGAGUCAUUGUGCCUGCAGAUCCUACGUUAUGGAGUACAGACCACGUACGCCAGUGGCUGGAAUGGGCGGUGAAGGAGUAUGGUCUUCCAGAUGUGGACAUCUUGUUGUUCCAGAACAUUGAUGGGAAGGAGCUGUGUAAAAUGACCAAAGAUGACUUCCAGAGACUCACCCCAAGCUAUAAUGCAGAUAUCCUCCUGUCACACCUACACUACCUCAGAGAGACUCCUCUUCCACAUUUGACUUCAGAUGAUGUUGAUAAGGCCUUACAAAACUCUCCACGGUUAAUGCAUGCUAGAAAUACAGGAGGUGCCACUUUUAUUUUUCCAAAUACGUCAGUUUAUCCAGAAGCAACACAAAGAAUUACAACCAGGCCAGAUUUGCCUUAUGAGCAAGCCAGGAGGUCAGCAUGGACAAGUCAUACCCACUCCAGUCCUCAGUCAAAAGCUGCUCAGCCAUCAUCCUCAACAGUUCCCAAAACAGAAGACCAGCGUCCUCAGUUAGAUCCAUAUCAGAUUCUCGGACCGACCAGCAGCCGACUUGCAAAUCCAGGGAGUGGGCAGAUACAGCUGUGGCAGUUCCUGCUGGAGCUCCUCUCAGACAGCUCCAACUCCAACUGCAUCACCUGGGAGGGCACCAAUGGGGAGUUCAAGAUGACCGACCCCGACGAAGUGGCUCGACGCUGGGGGGAGCGGAAAAGCAAACCUAACAUGAACUAUGACAAACUCAGCCGUGCGCUGCGCUACUACUAUGAUAAAAAUAUUAUGACUAAGGUUCAUGGUAAGCGCUAUGCCUACAAAUUUGAUUUCCAUGGAAUCGCUCAGGCUCUCCAGCCUCAUCCCCCAGAGUCGUCCAUGUACAAAUACCCGUCAGAUCUCCCCUACAUGAGCUCCUAUCACGCGCACCCUCAGAAGAUGAACUUUGUAGCUCCCCACCCCCCUGCUUUGCCUGUAACAUCAUCCAGCUUUUUCGCUGCCCCUAAUCCGUACUGGAAUUCACCAACUGGAGGUAUCUACCCCAACACCAGGCUGCCAGCUGCUCAUAUGCCUUCUCAUCUUGGCACCUACUACUAAGUGGGGAAAAGAAGAAACGCCAGAAAAAGCAAACAAAGACACUUCUCGCUGGGAUACAGUCCCUGAUGAAUUGCAAUGAACUCUAUUGGAGUACAUGAAUUAAAAGUGCCUAAAGAGACAAGUGAAGGUUUGGCUGGGAAAAAAACACAUUAAAAAAUAGAUGUCAAAGACUCUUUGUAGUAGGAUUUAAAGGAGAUAUUCAAGAAGUAUUAAGAUACUAAAAUGUAAUGUAUAUGGGCAUCGACUCUGUGGACCAAACAAUAGACUAUUGUAGGUAAAAGCAUGAAAUGAUAAGGAAAACCUACAAAAGUUAGUGGUCUUAAAAAGUUGACAAGCUUAUGUGUAAAGUUUGAUAACUUGCUAGUGCAAAACUGGGACUAUACUACAGCAAUAUAAGGAUAAGUCUAUAGUGACCUAGCAUACAGUAUACGAGUCAUUACAAAAGUGGGGGGAAGAAGGGAAAAAGAGAAAAAAAAACAGACAAAAAACCUACCUGUAUUUAAAAAAACCCAAACAAAACAUAUCAACAAGAGACUGGUUUAGUGUGGAAGCUGAUUUGGAAUAGGACAGCAUUGUUUUGGUUAAAAUCAAAUGCACAUGCCGUUCAACAGUGUUAUCAGCUACUCAAACUGUGAAGACAACCCAAACUUAGAGAUUCCUUGACAGUAUUACAGGAACCCUGAGCCAAACAUUGGAAAUGAGAAUGUGCUGAAGGGCAAGUGUAUGACUGUAGAUCAGAGGCCUGCACCUGACAGAGGAAGCAGAAAGGAGAAAGAGGAAGACAAAGGUGGUGAGAAUGGGAGAGAAGAAACUUCUUUACCAGUAGAAACUGAAAAGACUGAAAACUUAGUAGUGUUGGGACUGUGAAGAAACACUUGUUUGGACUUGUGAAACAUAUUGCUCAGUAUCAUAUCUUUCCCAGUAUUACAGGAGGAACAGACUUGAUUUUAUAGUAAUAAAAUAAAGUGGAGAAAGGGAAAAGCAGAAGAAUUCAGAAAUAAGAUUAUGCAUCUCUUUAAAACAAAAACCAAAACCAAAACUGGAAUUGUGUUUGGUAUUUAAAAAUUACCAGUUAUAACCUCAUCAUUAUUAAGGGAGUUUGUUUUCUAUUGGUUAAUCAAGAGACAACCCCUGACUGCCAAAAUCAGAAAUCAUCUAAGUAUUUUUGUUAGGCGGGCGCCAGUUUUUCUUUAUCGAGUCGCGAACGCUGUGCGUUUGUCAGAAUGAAGUAUACAAGUCAAUGUUAUUUUUUCCUUUUUAUAUAAUUAUUAUAUAACUUAUGCAUUUAUACACUACGAGUUGAUCUCGGCCAACCAAAGACACAAAAAAGGGACAAUCAAAAUAUUGUGGCCUUGAAUUUUAACUCUGUAUGCUUAAUGUUUACAUUAUGAACAUAUUAGUACUUAGAAUGCAGAAUGUAUGUAAUAAAAUAAGCUUGGCCUAGCAUGGCAAUUCAGAUUGA